AUGGCGAAUCUUUACACCCUCCUUGUCGAUUUGAAACUGGGCGCUACUCCAACACGUUCAAUUGCUGAGGUUUUGGGAGACCAUGAAUGCAGAGGUUCAAUUGCUGAGGUUGUAGAAGGCCAUGAAUGUAUCCGUGUUGUUACAUCUAAUGGGUAUGGUAUUCUCUUGGAAAGGAUACAAAGAUGGGUAUCAAGUGGAGUUGUUGGAUCUCCUGCUUUUACUGCUUAUAAGCGAGGGUACGAUAUUUACGUAGGGAACUUCCGGUGUUUUGUUUCAAAAGAUCAUGUGAACAAAAACAUUUCCUCUAAAAAUUUCUGGAGCUACUCCAUCAAUGACCAUGCAAGAGAGGAUAUCCCCACAAUGAUAGAGAAGAUUCACGAUAUCAAAACUUCAGAACUGAGAGUCUACCAGUCUAAUGUGGAAGAUGUAGCACACAAGGAGCAACCUUAUAAGCUCUGCAUUUCUCUUACAGCCUAG